UUUUCCACUGAAGUGCGUGAAUUUCAUACCAAACCCAUACUUCGCAUUCCACCUUUACUGUCAAACCGGGAGAAAUAUUACCGAAAACAAUAGAGCACCAAGAUAAAUAUAACUUUAACGAAAUAAACCUCGUCCAGUUCUAUCGGUAGAGGUGUUUCCCAAUAAAGAGAAUUGUCAGAGAGGAACGACAGGAGUGUUCGGAGAGAUCGUUCGCCCCUUUUUCUACGUUAUCAGUACUUGUGUAGCGUGGGGGCUCGUGCCAGGGCCCGGUAGGAGCCGGCACCAUUGCGUCCAACAAGUGGAGUGCCAACGGCAGCCCGGAGCAGGGGCUGGAGGAUGGGGGUGAUGAGCUGGACAAGGCCAUGGAUGGAGACGCAGAGGGCGUGUGGAGCCCCGACAUCGAGCAGAGCUUUCAGGAGGCACUGGCUAUAUAUCCACCCUGCGGCAGGCGCAAGAUCAUCCUGUCGGACGAGGGAAAGAUGUACGGGCGCAAUGAGCUCAUCGCCAGAUACAUCAAGCUGAGAACAGGCAAAACCCGCACAAGAAAACAGGUUUCUAGCCAUUUGCAGGUUCUUGCCCGGAGAAAAUCUCGCGAGAUACAGUCAAAGCUGAAGGCCAUGAACUUGGAUCAAGCGUCCAAAGACAAGGCUCUCCAGAACAUGGCGGCGCUCUCCUCUGCUCAGAUCGUGUCUCCAAGUCUAAUCAAAACACCUCUUCCGCCUCUUCCACAGUCCCCUUACCCUCCAGCUGCACGGUUCUGGCCGACCUCUAUCCCAGGUCAACCCGGACCCUCUGAGGAGCUGGUUCUUAAGCACAAUCCAGGAAGAAGUCCUGGGCUUGGCCGCACCAGCUACGCCAUCAAGCCAUUUGCACAAACUCCUUACUCAAACAUACCGGGACCUGUUCAACCACCCUUAGCGUAUGAGUCUCUGGCCCCUCCACUCCCGCCGGUCGCCACGGCGGUGCCCGUGUGGCAGGAUCGCACCAUCGCCUCCUCCAAACUGCGUCUUCUGGAGUACUCGGCGUUCAUGGAGGUCCCUCAGGACCAGGACUCUUACAGCAAACACCUGUUUGUUCACAUUGGCCAGACCAACCCCUCCUACAGCGACCCUCUGCUGGAGACGGUGGACAUCCGACAGAUCUACGACAAGUUCCCCGAGAAGACGGGAGGCCUCAAGGAGCUGUACGAGAAGGGCCCUAAUAACGCCUUCUUCCUCGUCAAAUUCUGGGCGGAUCUGAACAACAGCGGCGUUCAGGAUGGACCGGGCUCGUUCUACGGAGUCAGCAGUCAGUACAGCAGCUCGGAGAACAUGACCAUCACCGUCUCAACCAAAGUCUGCUCUUUCGGGAAGCAGGUGGUGGAAAAAGUGGAGACGGAGUACGCUCGUGUCGAGGGAGGGAAGUGCUUGUAUCGGAUCCAUCGCUCCCCAAUGUGUGAAUAUAUGAUCAACUUCAUCCACAAGCUCAAGCACCUGCCUGAGAAAUACAUGAUGAACAGCGUAUUAGAAAACUUCACCAUCUUACAGGUGGUGACCAACCGGGAAACCCAGGAGACUCUACUGUGUAUAGCGUUUGUAUUUGAAGUGUCGACGAGUGAACACGGGGCACAAUACCACGUCUAUAGGCUCAUCAAAGACUAGCAGCGCCGCCGCCAGCUGUUCUGACAACAGACUUCUGAUGCUUUGCACAGUCCCUCCGUCUCACGCGCGGAGGAAUAUGCCAAAUUGUCCAAACAUCGGAGGAGUACGCCAAAAUGUUACAAAAAAAAAAACCCAAAUGUUUUGCUCGGUGCAGAAUUUAAGCCUUUUGAGGACAUAAAAAAAAAUAUAGUAUUACUCUGUCUAAAAAAAAAAAAAAAAAAAAAAAAAAAAAAAAAAAACUUUUUUUGUAUUUGUUUUUAAAUGCCUUAAAUACAAAGUGGGUCACGUUGGUUUCGUUGCAUAUACAGAUCAUAGAUGUCUUUUAAGCUUUGUUGUGUCUCCACGGAGGGAACGUGAACGUGUUUGGAUGGGAAAGAACGUCAUGGAAGACGACGUGUGCCGUUGAUGAGCGGCGCAUCGAGCGUAUUACAGUGAUGUAAGGGUGGAUCGUCUCAUUUUACCCCAAAAUCAGAAGGAAAAAUAUAUACCAUAUGCAUAUUUUGGAUAAAGAAAAUGAAGGCUAUUUUUAGGACUACUUAUUUACACUAACUACACUGAAAUUCUUAUUCCUGAAAUUCUUAUGCAGAAGAAAAUGCAUUUUUUAAAAUUAAAAUUAGUGCUUUUUUGCAUUACAGUAAAAAGAAAUGCGAUUCAUUUUCUUCAAUGCGAUAUCAUAAUGUCCCUGAACUAAGUUUUUCUUUAUGCAUUUUAUAUAGUGUUUUUUCUUUUGAUUUUGCGGUGAAAUGUGACCUUGCUGGGUUUUGUGCGAUUUGCCCACUUUUGCAAAAGAGGACCAGGUCGGAUAGCGGAGGGUUUACAUUCAUUUUCGUAAAGGACAGACGUACUGCAAACACACAGCAGGAAAACAACGUCUGGACUCUAUUUAACCGAAUAACCGCAGAUGUUACUUUUUCAUCGGCUGUCCUUCGAACAAGAGAAAAGGCCUCAGAAACUUUUUUUUUUUUGCAGGUACUAAAGGAUUUCGAGCAGUUGACCCAAAACGUGAGUGCCUUUCUUCAAAGAACUCAAAUCGAUCGAUACUCUGAAGUGCCUUUUGACUACCUCUUGACGUAAAAUAGUAGGAAUAGAUCAAUUUCUUCGCGCCACGAGGUGACAAGGUGUUUAACUCUGCUGUUCAUCGAAGCUUUCACGAGAUGCAUGAACCGAGGAAAGGUGGGAUUGUUUGAAAGUCGUGUCUGAAUGUUGCCCUGCUACAAGGAAAGCGCCGCCCGCCGAGAUUUUAAACAUUUAAUCCUGCAACAAUACCUCGAGAGAAUUCGUUUUAUGUCUUUCUUUCUUUUUUAAUUCGGAGGACGUUGCGUUGCUGUCGUCGUAUCUGGUGCUUUUUCAAACCCUGGAAGAGAAUGUUUGCAUUUCCAAGCCGUUUCUUUUUCUUCACCGUCACAAUGUAUCUGCACUGGGGGUUUUUUUUUGUUUUUUUUGCAUCAAGCACAUUUUUCUCGGCUUGACGUCAGAUCCUUUAGUUUUGGGUUCAAGUGUAAAAGGGAAAGUCAUUAGCGUCGCCCUGUACUUCAGCACGGGUGUGCGUCGUUACAGUUCUUACGGUUUGUGCAUCUCUGAAUCUCUUUUUUUUUUUUAGAUGUAAAGGUGUUUUUAGAACAAGAACGCACCAGGUGUUCGACAUUACAGAAAUAUGCCAUUUUAACAGUGCUGAACUGAGAUCAUGUUUUGCUACUACUGAAAAUGUUUGUUUUCCCUUUAGAGAACUAAAAACUUGAACUUUUGACCCGAUUCAAUGUUUUUGUUUUUGUUUUCGUUGAAGCCAUGUAGCGUUUUUUGUUCCACUCGCCCCUAAAUUUGAAAGACGGCACCAUUUUGUAUGAAUAGUGUCCUCGGGAUGGUUGUUGGUGCUCGCUGAUAGCAGUUUUAUGUCUAGAUACGUUCUGAAGGUACUGCUAAUUCUUUGGUACACCUUAAAAAACGGAAAUGUAAUGUAUAUUGGUACAGCCUUAACCUACUUUUUUUUUGUAUGUUUGAACUUCAGUGACGACAGUUUCCUCAAUUGUAUUUUUUUCUUACAGGCUUUUUUUUUGUCUCUUUUUUUAUAAUUAUUGUUAUUAUAAUUAUUAAGUUUAUGUUUGCUCUUUGACUUUCAAUUGAUGCUGUAUGCAUACAUUGAAAUUUUUGUGUGUUACUGUUAUUUUAUGCCAUAAUCUAAGUGGUGUUGGCAAAAGCUUUCCCCUUGUUUUUAACUGUUCAUUGUGGCCUUGGAUACCAGUUGUGCAUUGCAGUUAUGUAUAUCUUCAAUGUUAGGGGUUUGUAUAAUAUAAUCAAAACAAUGUAUAGCAAUACCAAUAAAAUGGCAUGGGUCUCCUUGGACCAUAUUUCUUAAAACACGCUUA